UUUUUUUAUUAUUUGUGCUAUCUUUCUGAAGCUGCAAACAAGUUGCCAACCUCUUCGUCUGUCAUCACUCCAAUUGACUCUCUGAACUCAAACAUGGCAGAUAAAUGGAAGCACACAGCUCUCCUUGUCAUUGACAUGCAGCAUGAUUUCAUUGAUGUGGAUGGUCCUAUGCUGAUUAAUGGAGGCAAAGCCAUAGUUCCAAAUGUAAUCAAGGCGGUCCAAAUCGCUAGGCAGCGUGGGAUUCAAGUAGUUUGGGUUGUGCGUGAACAUGAUCCACUAGGAAGAGAUGUUGAGCUUUUUCGCCGGCACUUAUAUCCGGCAGGGAAAGUAGGGCCAACUGUUAAGGGUGAGAGAGGUGCUGAACUUGUUGAUGGUCUUGUGAUUGAACAAGGGGACUACAAGUUGGUCAAAACCCGGUUUAGUGCAUUCUUUGCUACGCACCUCGAUUCGUUUCUCAAGGGUUCUGGAAUUGACAGUUUGGUUGUCACUGGUGUUCAGACUCCAAAUUGCAUUAGGCAGACUGUGUUUGAUGGCGUUGCUUUGGAUUACAAGUAUGUUACAGUUAUUCUUGACGCCACGGCCGCUGCUACACCUGACGUACAUGCUGGCUCUCACCAUUUCCUGGUGGAAACAGAGUGGGAAGAGAAAUGGAACUUAGAAGAGACAGAAAAAAAGUUGGGAAAGGUUGUGGGAGCGGCGAAUUACAUUUUUUAUAUGAUGGUCAGAAAUGAUAGCUUGAAGUAUCCAGCUAGCUAAUGUAAGGAAGCACUGCAAAGAUACACCGGAGAGAUCUUGGAACUAGAUUCUUUCUUGUGGAUGAGUUGUAGGCGUGCAUGUUGUGAUUUGGAUUUUGGCCAGUAAAGAUUGUCAAUUGUUAAUUUGUAACUAAUGUGCAAGAAAAAGCUUUUCUACGGGGAGGAGGAUUGGUGUCAUUCUGUUAUUGGCUUCUUGUGUCUGAAACGAGAGUUAGCGAUGGCAUGAAAUAAACUGCAUGUUAUGUUUUAGAUUUUUAUAAGCUUAUUCUGUUGAUAUAUUUCACAAGUACUUCAAAAUUCCUGUUUGAGCCACUAAUAUAGUGCUGAUGACAUAAACAAUUGAUGGAUUCUGUCAAAAGAUUUGGGGUAGUAUAAGCAAAGUACUUAAAAGUUUUUGCUAUCUCUUCUUAUUCCCAACUGAAUGCAAGUAAAAUCAUUUACAUUGAUCUUACGGAUGUGAUCGAAUGAGUGACGUUAUUGUAACUAUUCUACCACACUUUCACGCGGAGAAAGGAUUCAUGAGCUUAACAGGGCCAUUGUUAUUGCUGCACUUUACAUCAUACUCUCAAUCUGAUCCAUUGAUCAGAGUCAAACGAGUUCUACAUAUCAGAAUAUUUCACAAGAGCAUAUUAUUCGUUAUAUAGCUUUGAAU